AAAGACUGUGUCUGCUGGGCCUUUUACUGAGUAUUUUUGAUCUCAUACCGUUCUUGGGCUGUAUAACUAGGGAACCAUCCGGCUGUGGCUGAUUUACAACUCCCAGCAUCCUCCAGAGACCUGAAACCGUCCUCUUUACCCUGUAUACUUGACUGCGGCAGCCAUGUUUCGGUACAAGAUUACCCUUAAAGAUCGGCAGCAGUUGUACAAACUGAUCAUCGGCCAGAUGCUCUACGAUGGCUACAUCAACAUUGCCAACGGCCUCAUCAAUGAACUCAAGCUCCAUUCUGUGUGCUCCCCGUCUGAGCAGCUGCUCCAUCUCAUCAAAGUGGGUAUGGAGAAUGAUGACAGUGCGGUGCAGUAUGCCAUUGGACGCUCUGACACAGUAGCCCCAGGCACAGGAAUCGAUUUGGAAUUUGAUGCAGAUGUACAAACCAUGUCUCCUGAAGCCUCUGAGUACGAGACCUGCUAUGUGACAUCCCAUAAAGGACCUUGCCGGGUGGCCACGUACAGCAGAGAUGGGCAGCUCAUUGCUACUGGCUCAGCUGAUGCUUCUAUCAAGAUCCUCGAUACAGAGAGAAUGCUGGCAAAAAGUGCAAUGCCGAUCGAGGUGAUGAUGAACGAGACUGCACAGCAGAAUAUGGAGAAUCACCCGGUCAUUCGCACUCUCUAUGAUCACGUUGAUGAGGUCACCUGUCUGGCGUUCCACCCCACUGAACAGAUCCUGGCGUCCGGCUCCAAAGAUUACACCCUCAAACUCUUUGACUAUUCCAAACCUUCUGCCAAAAGAGCCUUUAAAUACAUCCAGGAAGCGGAAAUGCUGCGCUCGAUCUCGUUCCACCCGUCUGGAGACUUCAUUAUAGUCGGCACCCAACACCCCACGCUGCGCCUCUACGAUAUCAACACCUUCCAGUGCUUUGUGUCCUGCAAUCCCCAGGAUCAGCACACGGACGCCAUCUGCUCGGUCAGCUAUAACCCAACCGCCAACACUUACGUCACCUGCAGCAAGGACGGCAGCAUCAAGCUGUGGGACGGCGUCUCCAACCGCUGCAUCACCACCUAUGAAAAGGCCCACGAUGGCGCAGAAGUGUGUUCUGCCAUAUUCUCCAAGAAUUCCAAGUACAUCCUGUCCAGCGGCAAAGACUCCGUGGGAAGAUUAUGGGAGAUCUCAACGGGGCGAAUGAUGGUAAAAUACACAGGAGCCGGACUCAGCGGGAGACAAGUACACAGAACACAAGCCGUGUUCAACCACACAGAAGACUAUGUCCUCCUUCCGGAUGAACGGACCAUAAGCCUUUGCUGCUGGGAUUCCAGGACCUCAGAACGGCGAAAUCUUCUCUCCUUGGGACACAACAACAUAGUACGCUGCAUUGUUCAUUCUCCGACUAAUCCCGGCUUUAUGACCUGCAGCGAUGAUUUUCGGGCCAGGUUCUGGUACCGCAGGUCAACGACAGACUGAUUGUCCCACCUGCCAUUUCCUUAAGCUGACCAAAAAUCGGAGCGUUUGGCAAGUCCCUAAACAAGGGGAUCUUCCCUCCCACCUUGGGCUGAUCCAGUUGUUUAGUCCUCAGGCCAAAUAAUUGGAUCACAGUGACGGUAUUCCGAUUUUUAAACCUUCCUGAUCAAUAUGUAGAUGAUUUUCAGCCAGAUAUUGGUUGGACAGGCCCAUUGGAGGGCCACAUAAACAGGCCAAUAAGCUUCCAUCUUGGUUUAGAACAGUGAUCCCCAACCAGUAGCUCAUGAGCAACAUGUUGCUCUCCAACCCCCUUGGAUUUUGCUCCCAUUGUCCUCUAAGCAGGUGCUUAUUUUUGAAUUCCAGGCUUGGAAGCGAGUCUUAGUAUAGUACAAAGUAGAGCCUCCUUUAGUCUGCCAGCCCACAUAGGGGCUACCAAAUAACCAAUCACAGCCCUUAUUUGGCACCUCAAGGGACUUUUUUUUUAAUGCUUGUGUUGCUCCCCAACUCUUUUUACAUAUGAAUGUGGCUCAUGGGUAAAAAAAGGUUGGGGACCCCCGGUUUAGAAGAACCAAAUUGGCAGCUUUUUUUUCGGUCUGUAUUGUGCCUAUAUUCACACACAGAGUGUUUUAUGGGAUGAAUUGAAUAAAAAUCUGUAGAUAAUAAAAUAGUAGGAGAAAUAAACUUACUUAUUUAAGUCC